GCUAUUUCCACAGCUCCAGCCCCUCAGUGUGCUCUUGCGCCAAGCGGCGCAAGCGACGUGACGCACUUCCGGGGUGUUGCUAUGGGAACGGCAGGGCACGCCCCCUCUGUAACUUUGCGGGGCUAGUAGCACCGGAAGACGGUUUGCAGCUGUCCCUGCGAUCUCCUCCUCUACCGCCGGGUGCUCCACCCCACCUUCACGUCAGCGGGCUGUGACUGUCGCCUCUGGCGUCAAAAUCAAUUUAAAUGCUCCUCUGUGCAAUGCGGUUGAGUGGAAAUAACGCUUUCUUGGAGAUUUAGACGUUGGCCUGCAGGAGAAGAUGCACUUUCUGGGUUUGUGUAAGGCAGGAAAUUACUAUGCGGCUGACACAUUUGCAUCAGAUUUCCUGUGAUUUAUACCGAAAUAUAUGUGAGAACGAUGUGCACUGCCAAGAAAUGUGGAAUCAGAUUCCAGCCUCCAGCUAUUAUUUUAAUUUAUGAGAAUGAAGUCAAGGGGAAGAAUCGCCAGCGCAUCAUGCCAGUCCGAAACUUUUCCAAGUUCUCAGACUGCACCAGAGCUGCUGAACAAUUAAAGAAUAAUCCGCGCCACAAGAGUUACCUGGAGGAGGUAUCCCCAAAGCAGCUGGAGAAGCUGUUCACUCUUUUACAAGGUCACUUGUGUGGACAGAGCCUGGCGGCAACGAUGGAGCAAAUUCAGCGGGAAACAGCCAUCGAUCCUGAGGAAGACAUGAACAAAUUAGAUGACAAGGAGCUUGCCAAAAGGAAGAGCAUCAUGGAUGAACUCUUUGAGAAAAAUCAGAAGAAGAAGGAUGAUCCAGAUUUUGUGUAUGACAUCGAGGUUGAGUUCGCACAGGAUGAGCUGCAGUCCUGCGGCUGGGACACAGAGUCAGCUGACGAGUUCUGACACCACACGCUCAACCAGGCCGGCAGGACGCCCAUGUGUUUACAAGCAGCAUAGACUGAUUCUAGAAAAGUCUACCAAGAACCCUAAAUGUAUAGGUUGGGUCUUCAAACCAAGACAUUUAUACCUACUAUGUAGGUGUAUAAGAAAUACAGGAAAGGGGCUGGGGAUUUAGCUCAGCGGCAAAAAGCGCCUGCCUGGCAAGCGCAAGGUCGUGAGUUCGGUUCCU